AAAGGCCAGUCUACAGGAACUCUUUAAUGCUGAAGUUACAAAUGGUGUGUCCAUGUGUUUAUGUUGUUGUUCGACGCCGACUGUCACCCGAUUGACAAGUGAAAAACUCAUCUGUUCCUUGUUUUUCUAAACUGUCAGCAGUGUCAACAGAUUUUAGUGUUGAUUGGACGCACUGCUGUUGAAAAUUUUACUUGGAGGCCGAUAAUAUAUGAAGAUUAACCAGUCUGAUCUGUUUUCCAUGAAACUUUAUCACCUCGAGGAAGAGAGUUUGCUGAAUACCUUGAAAUAUCAGACAUCUGUUCAGGUCAGCAAUGAAGGUGUCAGAAGUGAUGUACUGUAGCUUCCCGGUGUGGUAUCCAAAAUUUAAGCAUAUUUCAGUCAAGAGCAUUGUGAUACCACUACCUGCAGAGUUUCUAGAAUACUUACACACUGAUGGAGUUGUGUUGCCAGAAGGGAGUCUGGUAACUUCAGGAGACAGGGACUCAGAUGAAGACAGGGUUGGAGAAGAGUUAGAUGUGAACUGGGAUGAUGAUUCAGUGGAGGACCUAAGUAUAUAG